AAAAAAAAACUGAAGCUUAGAAAAAACUAUGGCGGCUAAAACAAAACUCUAAACAUCGGGAAGGGACUGAGCCACGCUAUACUCCCAACAAGUCCCCAAAAGCGGCAACGCCAGCUAACGAUCAUAGACAGACCUCCGAGUGGAUCAACUCCAGAACCACUGAGAUAGAAGAGAGCUCAGAGUCGAAAACCCUAGCGUUUCGCUCCUCCCGCAACUGCCAAGACCGUCCCACAAAAUUCCUAUAUCAUCAGAUCCUCUGUUUUAUCUACGCGUUCCUAUCAAAUUCCUUUGUUUUUCUCAUUCCUUCAUUUUUCCAAUCACGUAUUCCGGACAAAGGCCUAAACCUGCUCUGAUCGAGAUAGAGGACGAAAGAUUAUAGCCCUCCUGAAUCCUAUGCACGCGGUGGUGGUGUGUGUACAGGCGCUCACGCGCGGCGGCGCGCGGCGCACACGAAACGCGCGGGGCGUGUGGGCAAUUGGCAAAGCAGCCCGCAGCAGCAAGAUCCACUAGGCGUGACGCGGGCAUGGGCGUCGGCGUGGCAGGGAAAGCGGGCGUACGCGCGUAUAAAAAUGAGGCACCACCCCGAGACGGAAGGAAAGGAAAGGAGCGGAGGCGAGCGACGACACGCGCGCGACAAAAUAUAGCAGUUUAGCAAUCAGCCAAAAUUAAUUAAGGAAGGGGGAGGAGGAGGAUUACGUUGCCCUCCUCGCCGCUAAACCAACCAGAUUAGCUGCCGGGAAUUAUUUCAUCCCGGCGAGACCCUUCCGCCCGCUAGCUCCCGCGCGCGCUGUUCCGGCCGCCGCCGAGCUGGUCGGAGUCGGAGGCGACCGCCGAUAGCCCUGCCGGCGAGAGAUCGAUCGAUCGGCGUCGCCGAUCCGACAUAUCCAAUGGUUGAGUCGGGGAGCGAGGCGGCGGCGGCGACGGCGGCGGCGGUGCUGACGGCGCCGCUGUCCCUGGAGGGCGGCCUCGCGGCGGAGCUCCGGCCGGCGAACCUCGUGCAGCGCGUGCUCAGCCUCUUCCGCAACGUCCGACCCGGCUCCGAUCUCUCUCACUUUCAGCUGCCUGCUACGUUCAACCUGCCGAAGUCGCAGCUCCAGUUAUACGGCGAGGGAGUGUACUGCGUCGGAAAAGACUACCUGCGGCGGUGCGCGAAGGGGAGCGACGCCGUCGAGCGGUUCGCGGCGGUCGUCGGCUGGAGCAUCUCGACGACGAGGCCUCCCAUCUUCGGCUUCGCGCCGUACAACCCCGUUCUUGGAGAGACCCACCAUGUCUCCAGCGGAUCACUCCAUGUUCUUCUCGAGCAGGUGUCUCAUCGUCCUCCGGUCUCUGCACUGCAUGCCACUGACGAUGACGGUGAGAUCGAGCUCGUCUGGUGCCAAAACCCAAUCCCGAAAUUCCACGGCACAAGCGUGGAAGCGACAGUGAAAGGCAUGAGGCACGUCAAGCUUCUGAAAUUCAGCGAGAAUUACGAGAUCGACUGCCCAAACCUGCUCAUCAGGUUGCUGCCUGCUCCAUCAGCGGAGUGGUCUGGGACAGUCAGGAUCGUCUGCAAGGAGUCCGAGCUCGAAGCAGAGUUGAUCUACUACAGGAGCAACGCUUUCCUGGGACUAGGUGGCGAUCCAAGAUGUGUUAAGGGUAAGAUAUUCAGCUCAAGAUCAGGAGAGAUCAUCUGCGAGAUUGAUGGACAUUGGGAUCGGAUCGUGUCGGCGAAGGAUGCGAAGACCGGGAAGGUGUCGGUUCUGUACGAUGCUGAAUCCGCCAUUGCUGACCUCAAGACACCUGUGGUCAGAAACCAAGAGGGCGUGUCACCUUCAGAAUCUGUGGUGGUUUGGGGCGAGGUGAGCGAUGCCAUCCUGAAGAAAGACUGGGAGAGAUCUAGUCAGGCGAAGCGACGAGUGGAGGACACGGCGAGGAGGCUAGACAGAGAGAGGAACGACAAGGGAGAGGUCUGGAUUCCCAAGCAUUUCUCGCUGUCUCAGGACAAGAACGGCAGCUGGGAAUGCUCGCCGCUGGAGAAAUCUGUGCCUCCAGCUCCGAUCAUUGUCCCCUCAUGACUGUAGAUUACAUGUAACAGAUGAUCCUAUAUAUACUAUAUAAAUCUAUAACAUAGCUGAUGAUUUGAUUUUUUUUAACUUGUCAAGUGAAGUAUGGCCGAUUCUUUGCGUUUUUA